GUAUAAUCAGGCUGCUGUGGUGGUUAGUCCAUUCAUAUGAUGGAUGCUGCAGUGGGUGUGGCCAGUGACAAAAUGCCCAUUUGACAGAAGGCAAAUUGGUGGGACUAAAAGAUCACCCAUUUCACAGAACGGAAAACUGGUGAAGCUAAAGGCAAAUAUAAGCGGAGCACACCCAGAAAACACCAAUAAGGCCACCCAAGCAAACACUUUCAAAGCCUUGGCUUUACUUCUGAAGGAGAAGUGGGCAGGUUUGGGGACUGGUUUCCUUUUCCAUCUCAAAAUCAGCUCAAGAACAGAGGCAGCCAAAUGUCAAGAGGAACUUCGUCAAUGAUGGUCCUUUUCCUCAUGGCUAUCUUAACUUCUGAAGCAUUUGAGGUGCAGGACAUUGUGCCAGGUCAUGCAGUUGCUGCACAGAUCGGUGAAAAGCUGGAGCUACGGUGCCGUACGACGGGCUGUGCGUCCCCCACUUUCUCCUGGAGAAGCCAGAUUGACUCCCCAUUGGGUGGGAACGUGAGCCACCAGGGGAACAGCUCGGUCUUAACGAUGAAGGUUGGCUUUGAAAAUGAACAGAGUUAUCUCUGCAAUGCUAACUGUGAGCAGGUCCGAAAACAAAGGACAGUCAGGGUUGACAUUUAUUCAUUUCCCAGUGAUCCUGUUAUUGAGAUCAGCCAUCCACUUGUUCUUGGGAAGCCAGCCACGGUUACCUGUAUUGUUGCUAACGUGUAUCCUGUUGACCGACUGGCAAUAUCUUUGAAGAAAGAAGAGAGAGAUUUGAAGAAAGGAGAGUUUCCUCAAGAACUCAAUAAUUCUGUACAGACAAAAAGUGUGGUUACUACCUUUAAUCUCAGUAAGGAAGAUACUGGAAAAAGAAUCACAUGCACAGCUGAACUGCCAAUUGGUGAGAUGGAGUCUGAGCCCAAAAAGAGACAGAGUACGCGAAUACUCAACGUUAACUAUGCCCCCAAGUCUCUAGCCUUUUCCAUCUUUCCCUCCACAACAGUGCAAGAAGGGGAAAAUGUUACUUUGAGGUGUUUUGCAAAGAGCAAUCCAGCUGCCAGGGUCAUCAUAAGGAGGAAAGUGGCCAGUAAAGAUGUAAUCCUUGAUAGCCAGGAUCAGAAUGGAGUAGUCUGCAUCCCUAGAGUGACUCCUGAUGAUGCUGGAGACUAUGAGUGCGAAGCAGAGAAUGAGUUUGGCAAAGCCAAAAUGACAGAAGCACUAAGUGUGAAAUAUGGACCAAGGAAUACAACAAUUGACACCAUUCCUUCUAGCACAGUGAAGGAAGGAGAAGCUGUAACUAUGACUUGUUUUACCGAUGGGAAUCCCACCCCAAGCGUUUUCUGGAAAAAGCAUCUUGCAAGUGGAGGCUCUCUGAUUAUUUUGGAAGGUGCUACCUUAACCAUAAAAAAAGUCAGGGCUGAAGAUAUGGGGCAUUACGAGUGUGAAGGAGUUAACAUGGCAGGAAAAGAAAGCAAGACUGUGGAAUUAAUUGUUCAAGUCUUUUCACCAUCUACUCCAGAAUUGUCACCAUCUACUCUGGCAUUAACAGAUCAACCUGAAGCUGUUACUGAGGUGGAAGAUUUCAUUAUUAACAGUACGACAGAUCAACCUGAACCUGAACCUGUUACUGAGGUGGAAGAUUUCAUUAUUAAGAGUACAACAGAUCAACCUGAAGCUGUUACUGAGGUGGAAGAGCUCACUGUUAAGAGUACAAUCUAUAAUACUCAACAACAAGAGACUGACAACAAAAAAGAUCAUCUGGAAAACAAAACUUCCCUAGCCCCAAAGGAUACAAUCUUUACCUCGUAUGCAGCAUCCAAAAACAGUACAAUCACAUAUGCAGUGAAAGUUUUUGGUGAUGCUGGAAAUGGUACACAAGAGAUCAAAACAGUUAUAGCCAGAAUGGAAGAGCCGGAUUAUGUGAUUCCUGUGAUCAUUGUGGCUUCUUCGUUAGCCACAGCGGCAGGUCCCAUGGCAGCCCUAUUGAUUUACAUUUCUAGAAAGGCAAAGAUCAAUGGAUCCUACAGUCUCAUAAGCUCACUGAAACCAAAAGUAUAAAGAGAAAAAUAGUAACUACACAUCUUCUGCAACUUUGUAUAAUGUUGUAUAUUGCUAUGAAUCUUUGAUGGCCUUUCCCGUCAUAACUCAAUGUGCAAUGCAUUGAUAAACCAAAAAUAUGCACUUUCAUGAGAACCCAUGUGGUAUAGUGGUGUUGGACUAGGACUGGGAAGACCCAGGUUUGUCCUCACAAUCAUAAAUCUCGCUGGGUUAUCUUGGGCCAGUCAACCUCUCCGGUUAACCUACCUCACAGCUUUGUUGUAUGGAUAAAAUAGGGAUAGGGCUAUGUGUUCUGUCCUAAGAUCCUUUGUGGAACUGCAGGAUUUUAAAAUGUGAUACAAAAACAAAUCUGAGGUUUUAUUUAACUAAGGAAGGUUGGGGGAGACACCAUCUAUUAACAACAGGAUCACCAUUUAUUUUCACAGAAGGAAAUCCUAGAAGCAUCCAGCUAUCCUUGCAGAACACAUGUCAUAAAGUCAGAGUUGGGGAGGGGACUGCAAAACCUGCAAUCACCCUAUUAGUUCUGUACAUAAUAAAUUUAUUCUGCAAUUAGUGGGAUAACUGCCAAAUGGUUUAGAAAGCAAAGCGGUGUGUUUGUAUUAUCGUGGACUGUUUUCUUUUCGGUAUGGAAAAACAAAUCCAACUGAAGUUAGGCAUUUUUAAAGACCCACUGUUUUCAGUGGCGGAAAUUUUAAAGCAUGCACUUAAUUCUCCCAUUGAAAUCAACUGUACUUUAACUUUGGCCGAAUAGAUUCUUUGGGGGAAAGACACAACAAUGAAGUUUGUAUAAAACUGGCAUAAGUUUGUAGUGUCUAGAUAACAUCCUGCAGUUUCAUUCUCUGUGUCUGAAUAAAAUUAAGGCUGCAACCCUAGGCACACUUAGGAUGCGAGUUCCACACUGCACUCAGUGGGACUUGCGUCUGAAUAAAUGUGUUUAGGAAUUAAUCAUGUUGCAGAGCAUCCUCCACUCAUUUUAAGUGGCACUAAUAAGAGUGUGUUAAAAUUUGGGGAGAGAAAAUACCUUUUAAACUAUAAAACAACUGAAUGGAUUUUUAGUGUCAACUUUGAGGGAUGCUGUCAGCUGUACUUUGACAGAAGGAAUUCCCUGUACAACGCACACAUGAAACUCUUACUUAGUUUCCACUGGAGUGAUAUUUCCUUUCUUGUAAAAGGUUUUUUUUUAACACUAUCACCUGUUUCAUGUUCUUGGUACUUUGACUUCUUGUACAGUAUUAUUUAAAUCUGUUUGUAAUAACAGAGUUUUCUCCUUUGAAUAUAGAAUAUUUGUGUUUGUAUUACCUUUGUUCCUUGUUCCACUAGACAGCAAAGUAGUCAAAAUGUUGGAACUAGAUGUAUUAUUAACUUUGUAAA